AUGACAUCAGCGGAACGUGUGCUUGCCUACACCAGAAUCGAGCCUAAGCGCGGGCAGGAUGAGCCUGAUACGCCGCCCGAAAAUUGGCCACGCGCGGGCGAAGUUGUGUUUAAGGACGUUUCGCUUUCGUGUCACAUCGGUGGCGUGGACUCCUUGAAGAACGUUUCGUUUAAAAUAAACUCGUCGGAGAAAGUCGGAAUAGCUGGAAGGACUGGUGCGGGAAAAUCAUCUGUCAUGGCCGCGCUUAUGCGCCUUGCAGGGACCCGGGGCGAGAUUAUGAUUGAUGGCUUGAAUAUUAAACAUUUCAAUACGCUUUCAACUCGCAAACAUAUUUCAGAAGCGAAAGAAAAGGUGGAUGAAAGCACGGAGGAAAAAAUUCAAUGAAUAAUCAGCGAAAUGUUUAAAGACUGCACAGUUAUCAUCAUUGCACAUCGACUGAGUAUGAUACUGAAAUGUGACAGGGUGAUGGUAUUGGAUCAGGUUAAACUUAUGGAAUUUGACCGGCCUGACGUGUUAAUGAAUAAACCUAAUGGGCUUUUAAAACAACUGCACGAAAAUGCUAAACAAAAAUAUACGUAUAUGCCCAGGUUGUACAUUGUUGAUGAAAUUACAUUCAAUAUUGCGAUAUCCGAUAUUGCGAUUAAUUUCUAA